CAAAAAUUCUCAAAAUUUCGCAAUCAAUAUGGCUGCCGCAACUGGAAUCAAAGAAGCGAAAAAUAUUUUGCGCAAAGAACUAAAACGACGCCUUGCUGGCAUGUCAGUUGAACUGAAACAGACAGAAUCGGCUAGAGUCGCCACGAAAUUAUUUGCAAUGAAAGAAUUUCAGCAAAGCAAACGAAUCUCACUUUAUAUGAGUAUGCCGAACGAAGUGGACACGUUUGGAAUCAUGGGAAAAAUAUUCGAACUAAACAAGAAAUGUUUUAUACCACAUUAUAUUGGCCCGAUUAUGAAAAUGGUGGAAUUGACCUCGAUGGCAGAUUAUGAGUCGUUGCCACUUACGUCAUGGAAUAUUAAACAGCCUGCCGACAAUGAUGACCGAGCAGACGCUUUAGAGACUGGGGGACUGGAUCUGAUAGUUGUUCCUGGGCUUGGGUUUACCAGCGAAGGGGCAAGACUUGGUCGCGGUAAAGGAUACUAUGACAGUUAUAUUACUAAGUCUAUAAAACUCGGACUUAAGGCGCCAAUAACUGUAGCACUUGCGUUUAGCAUUCAGAUGUGUGAGUCAGUGCCGAUAUCUGAUCAUGAUAUGAUUAUUGAUCAUGUGUUGUAUGCAGACUGAAGUAUUUGUUUAGUGAAUAUCGUUGAUAAUAUACUAGUCUAUUGGUGCUUAUUGAGUUUCUCAUGUUCAUUGGUGGGUGGAUUUCCCAACAGGCUAGUAUAAUUGAUAGGGGAUCCAAGGUACCUAUGAUUUUAGUGUCCUUAUCGGAGAAAAUGUGAAAGUCUAACCAUUUACUGAUGUCAAUGUAAGGUGGCACUUUCUCUUCAGUUAUUUUACCAAGGGUUGAAUCCGGGUCUCUCAGCUUGAAAGUCAAGCAUGGCAACCAUACCACCUGGUGUAGUCAGUCAGUAGUCUGAGUAUCUGGCUCUAUUUUACAAAAAGGGCUCUAUUUAUCCCCACCCUCUAUUUAUCCCCCACGCUCUAUUUAUCCCGACUCUAUUUACCCCCCCCCCCUCUAUUUAUCCCAGACUCUCUAUAUAUCCCAACCCUCUAUUUACC